UGGGUCCUCAGGCAGCAUUCCGUGAAAGCGCCACUCCCAGUCCCUCCCGGCGGCGGCCGAGCUCGCGGCCGCCCGCCCGCAAAACCCUAGCCGCCGCCGGCGGAGCCCCCCGUUCAUGCCGGGCUGCCUCGCCGGCCUGGCCCCUCCGCCGCCCGCCGCGCUCCACCUCCUGCUCCGCGGCCGCAGCCGCCGCAUGGCCUUCUCCGCGGCCGCGCCGUCCCGCGCCUUCCAGCUCCGCCUCAACCCGCUCACCGGCGACUCCGAGUGGCUCGUCGUCGACGAGGCGGAGGGGGAGGAUGUGGGGGCGGCGCCUCCCCAGACGCAGAGGCAGCUCCUCGCCGCCACCUCCUACCUCGACAUGCUCAACGACGCCGCCCGCAACCGCGCCUACCGCCGCGCCAUCGACGCCGCCGUCUCCGACCCCUCCGCCCGCGUCCUCGACAUCGGGGUGAGUGAAAUUCUUGACUCUGAGCUGUUGGGUGAGGGUCUGAUACCUACUCUACAGCAAGCUCAUGAUUCGUUAUUGGUGAAAAAUCCAAAGACAGUCCCAUAUCGAGCAACUACAUACGGGCAGUUAGUCGAAAGUCCGUUCUUGUGGAAGAUGCAUGAUUUGCACAGCAAUGAAGCAAAUGCUGCAGAUGGUGUCUGGCUUACUCCUGAUGGGAUGGAAAAUAUUGUUUCUGUGAAGCUGCAGCAACAUGCAAUGCAAUGUGACCCGUUAGAAGAUGAGAUACGAUUGCUGUCAGAACCCUUCAAAGUUUUUGAAUUUGACUUUUCGGAACGACCAGAGAGCCAGCGUGAAAAUAAGAUCACGAUUAAAACAACUGGUGAUGGCUGUGUUCAUGCUAUUAUUUCAUGGUGGGUGCUUCAGUUAGAUUCUGCUGGGUCAAUCUUCUACUCCACAGCUCCCAAAUGGGUGAGGCAAUCAAGUAUCAAGGAUCUACCACAAUGCGCCGAUGACACGAAGGAUUGGUGUGAUCACUGGAAGCACUGUGUUUGGUUUACACAAGGAAGGGGUGCUCCUGUUAUGAAAGAUCAAACUCUUUCUCUAAGGGCUAGUCAUAACCUAACUAGCAUCUCUUAUCAGCUGCUAAACCCCAAUGAUGAAGCAUGCAAUGGAAACUUGAAAGCUGACCAUCUAACAUUGUUGCCAGAAAGGAUAGCACUUUAUGGUGAUAUAUAUUGGAGAUCAGCUUUGAUAACAGCAAUUAAAAAUGCUCUGAGUGACAGAUCUCCGCAAACCUGUAUCGUGGCUGAUGACAGUAUAUUCUUAGCUCUCUUAGUUUCUUCUCUCUCACCAUCUUCAAAAGUCAUUGCCAUGUUUCCUGGUCUACGGGACAAGGGUGCGACAUAUCUCCAAGCUGUUGCAAAGGCAAACAAUUUCUCCAUGGAUCAAAUUCAAGUGAUUGGUAAAAGAGCGGCAUCUCUUUCAACGGAUGAUUUGGAGCAUAAAAAGAUUAACUUAUUAGUGGGCGAACCAUUUUAUUGUGGCAGUGAAGGGAUGCUUCCAUGGCAAAACCUGCGUUUCUGGAAUGCAAGAACUCUGUUUGAUUCAAUGUUAUCUGCGGAUGCACUCAUAAUGCCUUGCAAAGGAGUAUUAAAAUUAUGCGCCAUGUCUCUUCCGGACUUGUGGAAGAGCCGUCGCAGCCUUAAAGAUGUCGAGGGGUUUGACCACUUGGUUGUUAACGAGACUCUAGGAGCCUGCGGUGAUCUUCCUGGAGAGCAGCAAGGUCCUUGUCUUCCAUAUUAUGUAUGGCAAUGUGGUUAUACGAAGAAAUUAAGCAAAGUGUACUCCCUCAUGGACUUCAACUUUUCUGAGCCUAUUCACUCCUGCUUCGGGAAAACAAAGAUCGAGUUUGCCGAUGCUGGCACUUGCCACGGCUUCGCGGUUUGGAUCGACUGGGUGCUCGACGAGAAGAACUCCAUCGUGAUAAGCACGGGACCAGAUAGCAGAUACUGGAAGCAAGGUGUGCAGUUGCUGAGCAAGCCUGUGGAAGUGAGCCCAGCCGAUGACUCGGCCGCGCUCGUGGAGGCGUCCUUCGAUCCUGCCUCUGGCGACAUCGUGUUUACUUCCUCCUUCUCUUGAUGUAAGCUGUAACGUUGGACCUAUUGCGCGCGUCGACGACAAGAUAUUGCCGCUCGCGACACCCUUUGUCGAUAGUUCUUCCUAUUUAUCUUGCAGGGAGGCUCUGCCAGUAGUUUAGGGUCUGACUGUGUUACAAACAGUGCUGAGGCCCAUUUAUUUGUGCGCAUGAUCGAAUAUUUGCUCAA